UUGAAUCGGUCAAUGAGUUUAGUUUCAAACAGAACGCGGUGCCGACAAAAUGAGGCGCCUCUCAACGACUUACCACUUCAAUCUGCUUGUAUUAUAUCUCCUGGCACUGGGGCAGGUGCGAGUGCGAGUACAGGCGGAGGCUCAAACAAAGAAUCUGGAUCAAUCACUGGCUCUGACAGGUGCAAAUGCCACGCAGGUGGAGGCCAAAGUUCUGCGCCGACACAAACGCUAUCUGGCAUUUCCGGAUGGUUCAUCGGUUUCGGCGGCCAUUUGCAUGACGAUCGGCAUGAUUGGCAACCCCGACGUGGACUUUCUCAGCUGGGCGGUCAACUGGGGCGUCGCCUACGAUCUACCCAAUCGUGAGUGGGUGGUCCAGCAUGCCCAUGGCCUGAACGCAACCCUGGCGAAGGACGUUAUCAAGCGCCGCUCGCGACGCGCCUUCUACGAUGAAGUACAGUCCAUCUUCAAUAACAUGGGCUUUAAUGGGCACUCCUGUGUGGCCAGAGCUCUCUGCGAGAGUGCCAGAUUCAUGUUGCCCCAGGAACAGCGGGGCAACAUGCUCCAGGAGCUGGUCCGCACUGUCUUUAGCCUGCCCUCGACGCCAGUGGAAGCCCAAGAGCCCCAGGCCCAUCACCAGUAUGAUCGCAUCUACCGCCGUUCCAAACGAUCUUCGAAGGAGUGCCACGAAAUCUAUCCGGGGUGCCAAUUUUCCCUUCUGGCUCUGGCUUUGGGCAAGUACAUGGCCGCCACUACAACCAAGUUGAGUGCCUUUAAUUUUAUGUGAAUUUGUUGUAAGCAAAGAUACGCUAUUCGACUGAGAAAAUA